CCUUAGGCGAUGGACCUGAGGUUCCCCGUGGCGGGUGCCUCGUCCCCGCUUGGCGCACCCCCGACGCCAGCGGGCCUUCUGCGCUCACUGGAGCGGCGGCCGGGCCCCAGCGCGUUGCACGGUGGCCCCCUGCCAGGCCCAGCUGAACCGGCGGCGCCCGACGAGUCCGAGGACCGGCGCAGCUCGCCGCAAAUCGCGGCCAGCGGCUUCUGUUUUCUGGCGGCGCUUUGCUGCUCGGCGGGUGGCUUCUGGGCGUCGGCGGCCGCAACGCGCCUCCUUGGCGUCGUCUUCCUGGUGGUGGGCGCAGCCUCGGUUCUCGCCGCCAUCCUGUUCGUGCCGGCUGGCCGCGACGGCAAGCUGCCCGUGCAUCGUCGCGCAUUGCCGCUUCUGCUGGCGCUGGUGCUGUGGGCAGUCGCCGCCUGGAUCAUAUUCCUGGUGGCACAAAGCAGCGUUCACGGCAAGGGCGUGUUAGCCGCCGUGGCCGCCUUCCUGCUCCUCUUCUCACUUGUGCUGUUGCGCGUCGUCUGCCGCCGCUGCCGGCAUGGCCGGCGGCCCCUCAAGGACGCCGAGGACGCGGUGCAGCUCGAGGACUUUCAUCACGUGAACACGCAGGUUCGAGACACGCUGCGAUUUGGCCAGUUGCGUGCCGACCCGGCCUUUGGCCCGGUGGCCGCCGAAAGUCGACCCCCCGUGGUGCCCACGGCGCCGCCGGAGACGCCGCCGCAAGCGUCAGCCAGCUUCUCCACGUUCGUGCGCGAGCCGCCUUCGGCGCCCGCGGAGCCGCCGCCUUACGACGGCUUCCCGCCGGACGGCAGCCGCUGCCGGACCCCGCCGCCACCGUACUCAACGCUCGUCUAGGGCGCGCCCGAUAAGAAUGUGGCACGGACCUGCGUGCGCCCAGCGUGUGUUGUGCUUGCACUGACUGGGCCCCAGCGAAAAGGGGAGAAUCGCCGCAUGCUCCAGUUAGCUUGGAAUGCCCGAGGCGUACCCGAUCUACGCCGGCACAGCAGGCUUCGGUCGUUCCACGAAUACACAUGGUACGCGUGCCUUUAAACAGGCUUCGCGAACCAGUUGUAUAAGAGAGAAGAAAAUCUUUUUCUCUGAACACCGUCAAGGAGCUUUCCGCUGAAAGGUUUGACUCACCACAAGCGAGCAGUGUAGGAACGGGAAACUGGAUGCCAAUGCGCCCAGUUGUCAACAUCCUAGGCAUCUUUUUUUAUGCCACAGGUGAUAUGCGUUGAAGAAAGCAGAAAGUCGGUUAUACUGACAUGCGACUGAUUCGUAGCAGCCAUAAAUUAGAGUAAACGUCGACAACGCGUUCGCAAAAGGCAGACGACGACGAACCAGCCAGGAUCACGUAGAGUGAAACUGCAAAUAAAACGUGAACUGGCGUCGAGCACUGCCCUUAAAAUCUGUAAAACUAGCUCAAUACAUGGUUAGUCAUUGAUGUCUUGAAAGUGACCUGCUCUUUUCUUUGUUUUCCUCUUUUCGUACGCAGUAUUAAUUGAAAACAGUAAAUAUUUUUGUUACUACAGUCCUUGCCACAGUGUUAGUGUUUUAUAAUGGUUUUGUGUAUGUUCCUUACCGAGCCGAUGUGAUCUCAUGAAAAGCGAAAAGCAGUGUUAAAAUAACGAGGACCCGUGGUCGUAGGUCAGGCCUUCUAAUCGCACCCAGGCCUACAUUGGUCAUGUCCUCCACCCCAGUCUUCCUUUAUUUACUUACUUAUUUAUUUGUUUGUUGUUUUGUUCAUUGCCCAUUCCUCUCACUUUAGUUUGUCAUCCUCGACAUGAAUGGGUGCGCCUCUUUUUUUGUAGAUGUGGCUUUUUCACAUGUAUAUAAAGAAUGCAGCAAAGCCCUAUUUGCAGGAGAGUGUGACAAUAAUUGAGUGGUAGUCGAGUAACUCUCCAGACACUGCACUCCGUCGCACACUCAUGCAGCGUAGUGAAAGCUGUCAGGCGUGCUGAAGCACAGUUUGCAGCAUCACUUAGUUCCGCGUAUGAAAGCGCGGAGCAGCCUUCAUUCUAUGAACACCGGCAGCUUCUAGGCAGGAGAGAAGUGACCGCAGGCUUCCGCUAAACACGUCGCACUCGUCCUAUACUCCUCGACCCUGCUUCAUGUCUUAGUGCAAAAGGCCAUUGGCCAAAAUGGGAGCUGAUUCACGCGUACACACUUGAAAAUCGCGGCUCGGCCAUAGUUUCGAAGCACUGCACGAGCGUAGAGAGACGGAUUGCGUGUGUUCCGCCACUUAGCGCAGGAAGCGGACGCGUAGCAUACGUUGAUGGAAGGAAAACAGAGACCGGACGUGGUUCGAACACUUAAGUUGUCGCGUACCUGAAUAAACACUUCCUAGAGUAUGCAACGGAAAUUUCCUAAAUUAGCUCAGAUCUUGGCUGGGAGCGUGUGAUUGUAGGCCUCCCUUCACUAUCACAACGCUUUCUGUUUUCAGUCACACCGGCUCCUCAAUAGCAUCACAACCAUUUUGCUUUCUGACUCUGUUCUCAUUACCUUCGCUUUACGUAAAGGAGGGACCUGGUCUGAGCGGGCUUACAGAUUUUAUGUGCAUGGUCUGAAAUGUUACCUCACCACCACCAACACAAACUCCGUGUCCUCUGUUCUUUUCUGCUGGCUGACGGCUGUAACUUGUAGAGUACCUUCGACCUUCCGAACAUCUCAACACGUACCCCUGAAGUUUUGUACAGGCUGGGCUCUGAAAAUGCAGACAUUCCUCUCUACAGUGUAUAAAAAUGAAUAAUAAGAAAUCAUUUGUUUUUGAA